CAUUUCCCAAUUUGCUCGCCCAAGACCACUUCAUCGCCAUAUACAACCUAAGAUGCGUGUGUGUGCCAUUCUGCUUGCUGUUGCAGUCACUGUACUCGCUAGCUCGAAUGCUCUUUCCUUCACCGGUGCCACGAGGCUUGCAACACUCUCCAGAACCACCACUAACUACGUGGAGCAGUCAGCUGUUGCUGCUCAGGGUCAAACCAGUAUCCAGCGGCGUUUGCGGAAAUAUGAGACCGUAAAUGACGACAGCGAACUGGAGCAAGAUUCGGAAGAGGAGGCGAGAGGCUUCGUGCCGGAAAGUCUGACAAGCCUCGUUCAGAAGUUCAAGACGGUCGGUGGAAAUGUGUUGCUCAAGACCAAAACCUUGGCUCAACUGAAAAAAAUUGAGGAAAAGAUGGAUGCGAAACGAUUGAAGGCGCUUACUGAUUUGGAUGAGAAGAAGGGAUACAAUCCAACCACACUAAGACACGCCAUCGACAACGACCCGCCCAAGGGGUUGACGAGUCAAGACGCGGACCAACUCAUGGAGGAUUUCACUUUCUAUUGGAGAGUCUUCCAUCCCCAAGAGUAAGAAACUGAGCAAACUCAGCAAGCAACGGAGCUAGCCGCCGAAAGGGGGAGCGUUUACGACGAAUCGUCUUCAAUGCGGUUGUCGCCGACGACAAUCGUAUCCAAAAUUAGGGUAAUGAUAUUCCCAAAUUACUUUUACACCUUUUCGUUCUUUUACUUUGUGGACUUGUGGAUAGUAUUUUAAUAGAUACUGUGUUGGAACGUUGUGACAA